AUCUUUAGGGCGUGUUUGUCACCGUACGCAUAGGACACUCACCUCCUUAUUAUCAUCUACCAUGCUCACAUCUUGAUAGAACUCAUCAACACUCAGACAACUACGUCAAGCCUUCAAAGGACAAACAAGACGACACACCUUUCAACCUAAUUCAACCAACGAAGGAAGCAAUGACCGACCCCGCGACGGAGGUAAAGAAGCCGGCCCGCCUGCCCUCAGCUACGCACCAUGUCAUCGUCAAGCUCGAGACAAUCCACGUGCCGCCUCCGGAGGUCAACGAUGGCGACCUGGGAGCAGGAGUGACGCACGAGGUUAUCGGGUACGAGUAUACCAGGCCCUCAGAGAGCGCCGUCGCGGCGGCGAGGGCGUGGCCUGCGAGCGUGCUGAUUACGACGACUGUGCCUAUUAAUCGGGAGACGCUGGGGGAGGCGCCGCAUUUAAAGUGUAUCAUCACAGAGACUGUGGGAACGGAUCACAUCGAUCUAGAAGAGUGCAGGCGUCGCGGCGUAACUGUGAUAUACUCGCCCAACGCAACAGUCGAAGCCGUCUCCGAGCACGCCCUCGGCUUGUACUUCUCAUCCCGCAGACGCUUCGUGACGCUUCACAACACGAUGAUGGACCACGCCGAGGGCCGUCCGAACCCCUGGCGCGCAGAGGGAAGCAUGUCCUCCCUCCUCCUCAAUAGCGAAGGUCGCCCGCCGCAUACCUGCGGCAACGAGGUGGUGGGUAUGAUCGGCUACGGGCCCAUAGGGCAGCGCGUCGCUAAGAUGUGUCGCGCGCUGGGGAUGGAGGUCCUCGUCGCCGCGAGGAAGAACGAUACCGCACCUGUCGAGAACGGUAACCGGGUCACUCCGGCCACCACCGACGCCUCUCAGCCGAAUGGCAACGGAGACGCCCACCGCACACCCUUCGCAGAGGUCCUCCGCCGCGCGACGACGCUCUUCCUCAUCGUACCCCUCACAGCAGAGACUAAGAACCUCGUCGGCGAGGCUGAGAUGGCGACGAUGAGGCCUGACGUCGUGAUUAUCAACGUUGGGCGGGGUGGGACCGUCAACGAGGCCGCGCUGGUGGCGGCGCUGCGGGAGGGGAGGAUCUCGGGGGCGGCGACGGAUGUUUACGAGGUUGAACCGGCGGGGAGCGGGCGGGAUAGCGUGUUGUUAGGGGAGGGAGCGCGGGAUCUGAAUUUGACGCUGACGCCGCAUUUGGCGUGGUGCGCUGAUCAGACGAGGGUGAAUAUUCGGAGGGUUGUCGGGGAGAAUGUGCGGUUGUUUUUUGGGGGUGGGAAGGGGAGUAAUGUUGUGCUUGAUAUGCGGUGAGACACCUAGAUUUUGCGGUUCGAGGAAAUGGGAUAGUUUCAUCUCAUAGAAGUAGGGUGACUUUGGUUGGAAUAGCAUCUUGACGUCUGAAUGAAUGUCGAUGAGAUCGUGUGUGUGAG